AUGGGACAGACAUUAUCGUUACAAGAAGAUAAAAUGAAGAAACGUAUUCGUCAAUCCAUGGGCACGUUCAUGGAUUUUGGCACGCAUUUGAAAAACGCGAAUGAGUGGGCUCAGAUCUGCGCAACGCCCAAGAACUGUUAUCUGUCGUUUCGCAUCGUGAUUAACUCGAACACAUCAGCUGAGCUGUUGCCAUAUAUGUGGAGGAUCCGUGGGAAUGUGGCCGUUGAAGUGCGCAAAAUGCGACGACCCGUGGAGCUGCAGCUUCGUCUGGAUGACUUUUGCGUGGAUGUCCCGCGUGAUCCGGCGUACUUGUACGACACUAGGAUCUUUGAGACCAUUGGUCACGCAAAGACCUUGACAGUUGCUCAGUUCUACUACAUUUAUUGCUUCUUGUCUGACAUUAAGGCGUGUGCCGCACACACUGUACGUUUUCCGCAGAAGACCACAAGCACUGGGAACACGGACUUCGAUGAGACGGAAUGCCAGAUUUGCAUGGACAAGCAGAAACAGGUCGCGCUACCGUGUGGUCACAGUUUCUGUCUGAAUUGUUUCCAGCACUGGAGUACACAGAGCCAAACUUGUCCGAUUUGUCGAACUAAAUUCAAUUGCUCGGAAGGCGAUGAGCUGUGGCAGCUUACGUCGAAUGAAGUGGAAGAUUUAGGCUCGUACGCAACCGACUUAGUGGCACGGAUCUACGAAUACCUGGACAAGCGUGACAGAUCGAAUUAUACGGACGAGGAAAUUAAGCGAUCAGCGGAGGUGUAUACGGCCGCCAUCGCCGUAAAGCAAACGCCGCUGCGCAAGUUUGUUCAUACAGACUUGUUUCCAACUGCGUUGCCGCUUGGGUUCCCGUCCAUCUUGCGUGGUGGGAUUCGACUUGCGACAGAAUUUGACUCGGAUUUGAUGUUGGCGCUCGAAUUGGCGUCGGGAGAGGAUCAGUACGCGGCGAUGCAGCAUUAUGCACAGCUACGGCGAGAUAAGACGCUUGCGUUGAGGAUGUCUCUGCAGGGGAAUUCAGGCGAGGACCCGAAUGAGUAG